AAUGCCUUUGUUGUAAUAACGCCUUUGUUGUAAUGCUCGUGGUGUAAGUUCAAGUAGCUAGCUGUAUAUUUAAAGAGAAAUAUACUGAAAGACGUUGCGACAAGUAGCAACGUAUUUUUUCAUACAUUGGACGCAUUCCUUGACUGCCUACAUCUCGACAUGGAAGAAAUAUGUGGAAAAAAACCUGGUAGCAUUAUUUAUGUUUACGAUGAUUACACUUACAACAAAGAUUCGCGAAAUACAAAUAUUCUACGGUGUAACACUCGUCGAUCUACAAAAUGUCCUGGCACUCUUAAAAUUGAUAAGGAUGGCAAAAUACAUAUAGUUCAAGAUCAUAAUCAUCUUAAAGUACAAUGGAAAGCAAAACAAUUUGCCAUGAAACAAGAAAUGUUGCAACUUUGCAGAGAUACAUCUUUACCUUUGAAAGAAAUAUUUGAUAGUGUCUGCAGAAAGUAUCCUGAAACUGCUGCAACAUUGUCAUACGGAACGUUAAAGUAUUCAUUGUAUCGUGAAAGAUUAAAACUUCGCCCAAGUUUACCAAGAGAUAUGGAGACUUUUAUUAGAACUUUAUCAACGUAUGAACCUCUUGAACAAUUUUACAAAGGGCACGUCAUUUGCAGCGAUGGAAAAAAGGCAUUAAUAUUUACAAGUAAUGAGCUAUUGCAAGAGUUACAAAAAUCAACAGAACUUUAUGUGGAUGGAACAUUUCAUAUUGUUCCACGUGUACCAUUGAUGAGUCAAAUGUAUACAAUACAUACCCGACAUAUGAAUGUAGGUAUUGCUAUGAUCUUUAUUCUGUGCGAAAGUCGUUCCAGUAAUAUGUACAGAGCUAUUUGGAACAGAAUUAUAGAGUUAGCACCAGUGCUUCAACAAAAUUUAAAGUUUAUAAUGAGCGAUUAUGAGAUGGCAGCCAUGAAGGUGAUAAAUGAACAAUUUCCAACAGCAGAAAUACAUGGAUGCUGGUUUCACUAUAAUCAAGCACUUUUGCGUCAAUGGCGACGAUUGGGAUUAAUGGAUGCACCAAAAAGUGUUUUAUCGAUGAUCAUGACUAUGGCAUUGAUUCCUUCUGAUUGUUUUGAAGAAGCGCUUUCUUUUAUACAACUGGAAGUGGAUCAAAUUUCUCAGGAAUACCCUGCAGUUAACGAUUUUUUAGCAUAUGUACGCAAAACUUGGUUACCAUUAGCCUCAAAAGUCAGUGUUUAUGAUUGUCCUGCAAGGACAAAUAAUAUAACAGAAUGCUUUCACAGUAUAGUAGGAAGAAAAUUCGGCAAAUCCCAAAACAUUUGGAGUUUUUUAGAUAACUUACGAAAAUUAAUUAUUGAUGAGGAACUGAAGCUUAAACGUUUAAAGAGUACUGAAAUAAGUGGGCAUUAUACAAGUAUUAAAAGCAAAAUCCGAGACAAUAAAAUACUGAAACUUCAAAAAUAUUUUGCAACGGGCAGACUACAUCUCAAUAGUUUUCUACGUUCCUUCAACGACACAUGUGAAGAUAUUUUGAAAAAUGAUUUACUCUUAGAAGGAAAUAAUAAUAAUCCAAUAUUUGAUCAAAGAUAUAAUUAUGUGCAUCCUGAAACAAAUUCAAACACAUUAUGCAAUACAGAAAAUGAAGCAAAAAUUAAUAUAAAACGGCAAACGCCCUUACAAGAAUUAAAUCUUAAAGAGACGAAUACUUCACAUGCAAAGUGCUGCAAAAGAAAAUGGGACUUAUUAAAUACUGAUAAGGAAAAUUUAAAUAGAGAACAUAAAACUGCACUGGAGCAAAAUAAUAAUUUUCCAAAAUUACCAAACUUAUACGUGGUACUACAUAAGAUAGAUGAAACAUCAAACAAAAAAGUUACUAAAACAAAUAAAUUAUCAAAGAAACAAAGAAACCAAAAAAAAAUGAUAAGAAAAUAAUUUAAUUGCUAAAGAUGACAAAUCCAUUUAUGAAGUGUCCAAAAAUGAAUAUUUGCCUUUAAUUGACAAUAGCGCUUCUACAGAAGAGCUUCCAUACUACGCUGUGAAUUGGAAUCUCAAGGAUAAUCAAAAUACUUCAAAAGAAGUAUCUUCUAUAGACACUUCUACGGUGUGUCUUGCUAACGAGCGCACAUAUGUUUUCAUACCCUGUGAUCAUCUUGCUUGUUGUCAUCUGUGUAUUGAAUGUUUAGAAAGUACUCGAUGUUCAAUUUGCAACAUAAAGCAGCUGUAUAAGAAUUAUUAAUGCAUAAUUGAAAAAGGUCUUUAUGGAAAAAUAGAUCGCCG